AUGAAUGCUCGGGAGAAGCGGAGUGUUGACGACAGUAACGGGGAUGACAGUAACGGGGAUGACAGCUACGACGAUUAUAGCGGGGAUGGAGGUGACUAUAACAGCGAUUCCUCUGGAGACGGAGGGGACGAGUACAGUGAUGGAGAUUCUAGCGACGACGACUAUAGCGAGGGCGACGGUAGCGAGGGUGACUAUAACGAAGGCGACUACCCAGAUGACGGAAGCACGGAGGGAGAUGGGGACCGGAGGCAAAGGGGUUCAUCCAACGGCUCAGGAUCAAGCAGGCGGAAGAAAGGACGGAGGGGAUCGAGCCGUAAAGGGAAGCACGGAAAGAAGGGGAAGCACGGGAAGAAAAAGGGCGACUCGUCGCCGCCAAUCGCGAGCGAUCCGGCCGCCAACUUACCUCCCGUUACAAUCGUUCCCCCGUUCACGGUCAAAACCCCCCCGGUAAUAUCAUUCCCGCCGAAGAUCACCAAUCCGAAACCGGUUGACCCGUCACCAGCACCCCCAGUGGGCCCCCUCAUACCCGAUAAUGUCAACCCGUUACCAUUCGAUCUCAUCCCCGUUCCGCAACGAACAACCACCGACUCGUUUACGCUAAACCCUUUUAAAGGCAGAGUCGCGAGUUUCCCAUUAGAGCCCAGUCGAAAGGACCCAAAAGCGAGCUUGAUAAAAAAGCCAAAACCGCCAGUGGCAAAGCCGAAAGUGCCGACUCUCCCGCCCAAACCGAAGGUGCCGACGCUGCCGCCCGCACCGACACCGAAGGUGCAGAUUCCGCCAACGACGCCGCCGAAUGCGGGAGCAGUGGACCCGUCCGAUCCGAACAACCCGUUUGCGAGUCCGUUUGACCCGCCGCCCGGCGCGAAUGGCCCGUUGACUCCGACUGACCCGAUUGACCCGCUGAAUCCGCCGUCGCCGUCGCCGCCGGUGGUUGCUCCCAAGCCUUCCCCGCCUCCUGAUGAUGGUGCCGGCAUUCCCAACACCACCGUCCCGCAAAUGCUCCCCGAUUCCUACAACGCCUCAGCCAUCAUCAAGCCGAAAACCACCACCACCACAACCGCCCCUCCCUCUCCCCCGAACGACUCGGGAGUCAACACUCUGAUGGUCGUGCUCAUGGUGACGAUUCCCCUGGGAGCAGCAGCGGUGAUUACAAUGGGUAUGCUGGGGUGGAGUCAGUACAAGAAGUGGAGCAUGAACGCCCAAGGCCCUGCCACUGCCGGGGGACCAGGGGGUGGGGGUGGGUCUGCUGGGUUUGGUGGUGGGUACGAGACACUAGGAGGAGGGCCGUUUGGACGGUGA